AUGGAGGGGCAGAGCGGCCGCUGCAAGAUCGUGGUGGUGGGCGACGCGGAGUGCGGCAAGACGGCACUGCUGCAGGUGUUCGCCAAGGACGCUUAUCCCGGGAGUUACGUCCCCACCGUGUUUGAGAACUACACAGCGAGCUUUGAAAUAGACAAGCGUCGCAUUGAACUCAACAUGUGGGACACUUCAGGUUCUUCUUACUAUGAUAAUGUCCGGCCUCUGGCUUAUCCUGAUUCGGAUGCUGUGCUCAUCUGCUUUGACAUUAGCCGACCAGAAACACUGGAUAGUGUCCUCAAGAAGUGGCAGGGGGAGACUCAGGAGUUUUGCCCCAAUGCCAAGGUUGUGCUGGUUGGCUGUAAACUGGACAUGCGGACUGACCUGGCCACACUGAGGGAGCUGUCCAAGCAGAGGCUUAUCCCUGUGACACAUGAGCAGGGCAGUGUGCUGGCCAAGCAGGUGGGGGCCGUGUCCUAUGUUGAGUGUUCCUCCAGAUCCUCUGAGCGCAGCGUCAGGGAUGUUUUCCAUGUCGCCACAGUGGCGUCCCUUGGCCGUGGGCAUAGGCAGCUGCGUCGUACUGACUCACGCCGGGGACUACAGCGAUCCACUCAGCUGUCAGGACGACCAGACCGAGGAACUGAGGGCGAGAUACACAAGGAUCGAGCCAAAAGCUGCAACCUCAUGUGA